AUGCGCAUCCUGCUGCGGGUCACCUUCCCGCGCUUGGCGCAUGCGCGCUGCGCUCAAGGGGGGAAGCGCGCGCGGCGUCGCGCAGGCGCAGAGCGAGCUCCCGGCGUGAGGGGAAGAGGAGGCGGCAGCGCCACCGGGGACAAGCGACAAGCGGGGGGGGCGGCCGCCAUGUACCGGCACGUCACCGCCACCGUCACCGCCACCGUUCGCCUCCGGCCUGGCCGUGCCUGGGCUCCGGCAGCAGCUGCAGCGCCCGGGCCGGCCCCGCCGCGCCGCCGCUACCGAGCGCGGCCGCAGGACCUGGAGCCCCACCUGGGACCCUGCCCCACCCUGGCCCUGCUGCCCCAGGUGCGACCCCCCGGGACCCCCCCCCGGGGUCUGGAGGGGCUCGGGGGUCCGGUCACCACGGUGGACGGGAGGCGUGAGGACGACAUCGAUGUCAGGGACCCCCCCCGGCUACUGCUGGGACCCCCGGGACCACCCCCGGACACCCCAGGGACACCCCAAGGUCGCCGUCCCAACCCCCCCUCCAUGGAGGAACACCUGGCCAGGAUGCACGAGAAACUGCAGCACGAGCUCCCAAAUUUCUUCCUGAAGAUCCCGGACUACGCCCUGUACGCCCCCGACGUGGAGUUCCAGUGCCAACACCUGCACCUGCACACGCGGGGCCGAGCCAUGUACGCCGUGGCCGUGGCCCUGUGCCGGGCGCUGGCCUGGGGCUACUUCGCCAGCCUGAGGCUGGAGGUGCUGGCCCUGACCCGGCACCCCGAGGACUGGAGCGUGAGGGCCAGGUGGCGCCUGACGGGGCUGCCCCUGCACCUGCUGCUGCUGCGCUGGUACAGGAGGGACAAACGGAGCCUGCUCAGGUCCUACGACGCCUUCUCCACUUUCUUCCUCAACUCCCAGGGGCUCGUCCGCUGCCACCGCGUGGACAAGCUGAUGCCGGCCCCCACGGCCGUCCCCGAGCCCAAGAAGCUGCUGGUGGCCGCGGCGCUGGCCGUGGCCCUGACCCGGCCCUGAAGCCACCGCAGGUGACACCUGAGUGUCCUUUUUGUCACCUCCACCUGUGCCCUCCCCCCCUUAAAUUAAUGUACAGAAUAAACGAGCGGUGACGCAGGGGACAGCCCCAGGUGGCGCCGGUUCCGGUUUUCUGAC